GUCACUGUUGUCACCGUUGUCACCGUUGUCACGGUUGUCACCGUUGUCAUCGUAGUCACUGUUGUCAUCGUUGUCACUGUUGUCACCGUUGUCACCGUUGUCACUGUUAUCACUGUUGUCACCGUUCUCAUCGUUGUCACUGUUGUCAUCGUUGUCACUGUUGUCACCGUUGUCACCGUUGUCACUUUUGUCACCGUUGUCACUGUUGUCACCGUUGUCAUCGUUGUCACUGUUGUCAUCUUUGUCACUGUUGUCACCUUUCUCAUCGUUGUCACUGUUGUCAUCGUUGUCACUGUUGUCACUGUUGGCACCGUUGUCAUCGUUGUCACUGUUGUCAUCGUUGUCACUGUUGUCAUGGUUGUCACUGUUGUCAUCAUUGUCACUGUUGUCACCGUUGUCACUGUUUUCACCGUUGUCACCGUUGUCAUCGUUGUGACCGUGGUCAUCGUUUUCACUGUUGUCACCGUUGUCACUUUUGUCACCGUUGUCAUCGUUGUCACUUUUGUCAUCGUUGUCACUGUUGUCACCGUUGUCACUGUUGUCACCGUUAUCAUCGUAGUCACUGUUGUCACCGUUGUCACUGUUGUAAUCGUUGUCACUGUUGUGACCGUUGUCAUCGUUGUCACAGUUGUCACUGUUGUCAGCGUUGUCAUCGUUGUCACUGUUGUCAUCGUUGUCACUGUUGUCACCGUUGUCACUGUUGUCACUAUUGUCACCGUUGUCACUGUUGUCAUCGUUGUCACUGUUGUCACCGUUGUCAUCGUUGUUGACCACUGUUGUCACCGUUGUCACUGUUGUCACUGUUGUCACCGCUGUCAUUGUUGUCACUGUUGUCACCGUUGUCAUCGUUGUCACUGUUGUCAUCGUUGUCACUGUUGUCACCGUUGUCACUGUUGUCACUGUUGUCACCGUUGUCACUGUUGUCACCGUUGUCACUGUUGUCACUGUUGUCAUCAUUGUCACUGUUGUCACCGUUGUCACUGUUGUCACCUUUGUCACCGUUGUCAUUUUUGUCACCGUUGUCAUCGUUGUCACUGUUGUCAUAGUUGUCACUGUUGUCACCGUUGUCACCGUUGUCAUCGUUGUCACUGUUGUCAUCGUUGUCACCGUUGUCACCGUUGUCAUCGUUGUCACUGUUGUCAUCAUUGUCACUGUUGUCACCGUUUCCAGUGUUGUCACCGUUGUCAUCGUUGUCACUGUUGUCAUCAUUGUCACUGUUGUCACCGUUGUCACCGUUGUCACGGUUGUCACCGUUGUCACUGUUGUCACCGUUGUCAUCGUUGUCACUGUUGUCAUUUUUGUCACUGUUGUCACCUUUGUCAUCGUUGUCACUGUUGUCAUCGUUGUCACUGUUGUCAUCAUUGUCACCGUUGUCAUCGUUGUCACUGUUGUCAUCAUUAUCACUGUUGUCACCGUUUCCAGUGUUGUCACCGUUGUCAUCGUUGUCACUGUUGUCAUCAUUGUCACUGUUGUCACCGUUGUCAUCGUUGUCACUGUUGUCAUUUUUGUCACUGUUGUCACCUUUGUCAUCGUUGUCACUGUUGUCAUCGUUGUCACUGUUGUCACUGUUGUCAUCGUUGUCACUGUUGUCACCGUUGUCAUCGUUGUCACUGUUGUCAUCGUUUUCAGUGUUGUCACCGUUGUCAUCGUUGUCACUGUUGUCAUCAUUGUCACUGUUGUCACCGUUGUCACCGUUGUCACGGUUGUCACCGUUGUCAUCGUAGUCACUGUUGUCAUCGUUGUCACUGUUGUCACCGUUGUCACCGUUGUCACUGUUGUCACUGUUGUCACCGUUGUCAUCGUUGUCACUGUUGUCAUCGUUGUCACCGUUGUCACUGUUGUCACUUUUGUCACCGUUGUCACUGUUGUCACCGUUGUCAUCGUUGUCACUGUUGUCAUCUUUGUCACUGUUGUCACCUUUGUCAUCGUUGUCACUGUUGUCACCGUUGUCAUCGUUGUCACUGUUGUCAUCGUUGUCACUGUUGUCAUCGUUGUCACUGUUGUCAUAGUUGUCACUGUUGUCACCGUUAUCACUGUUUUUACCGUUGUCAUCGUUGUCACCGUUGUCAUCGUUCUCACUGUUGUCAUCAUUGUCACUGUUGUCACCGUUUCCAGUGUUGUCACCGUUGUCAUCGUUGUCACUGUUGUCAUCUUUGUCACUGUUGUCACCGUUGUCACCGUUGUCACGGUUGUCACCGUUGUCAUCGUUGUCACUGUUGUCAUCGUUGUCACCGUUGUCACCGUUGUCACCGUUGUCACUGUUAUCACUGUUGUCACCGUUGUCAUCGUUGUCACUGUUGUCAUC